GAUUGCACUGAAGUUCAUAAGCACCGAUACAUCACAAAAGCUAUCGAUGUUUUUCACCUCGUCUAUCACUGGCUGUUUUGCUUAAUUAUUAUUUGUUAUUCUAAACAAAAUGACAACCAAUGGCCACAAAUACAGCAUUCUGCUGCCCACAUAUAAUGAAAAGGACAACCUACCAAUUAUCAUAUGGCUUAUAGUGAAAUACAUGAAGGCCAGCGGCUACGAAUACGAAGUGAUUGUGAUUGACGAUGGCAGUCCGGACGGCACCUUGGAUGUGGCAAAGGAUUUGCAAAAGAUAUACGGUGAGGACAAGAUUGUGCUGCGACCACGUACCGCCAAGCUAGGUCUGGGCACCGCCUACAUACACGGUAUUAAGCAUGCGACCGGCGACUUUAUCAUCAUCAUUGACGCCGACCUAAGUCAUCAUCCCAAAUUCAUACCCGAGUUCAUUAAGCUGCAGGAGUCAGGCGACUAUGACAUUGUCUCGGGCACUCGUUAUGCUGGCGAUGGCGGCGUAUUUGGAUGGGAUUUUAAACGCAAGCUGAUUUCGCGUGGUGCCAACUUUCUAUCCCAGGUUCUGCUACGUCCCAAUGCCAGCGAUUUGACGGGCUCAUUUCGAUUGUAUAAGAAACCAGUGUUGGAGCAAUGCAUUGCCAGUUGUGUGUCCAAGGGCUAUGUGUUCCAAAUGGAGAUGUUGGUGCGUGCCCGACAGCAUAAGUUCACCAUUGCCGAGGUGCCCAUUACAUUUGUGGAUCGCAUCUAUGGCACUUCAAAGUUGGGCGGCACUGAGAUCAUUCAGUUUGCCAAGAAUCUGCUGUAUUUGUUUGCCACCACUUAAGAUUUAGAUAAUUUAGACGAUGUUAAAUAAACUUUGAUGAUUUGGACUUUUGAA